AUGGUAUCAGAGAAUAGUUUCAUUUUCAGUUCAUCGUCUGCAAGGGAAAAGAACAUCCCAUUCUUCAAAGGAGAGAACUAUAACCUUUGGAGCCUGAUGAUGAAGACGAUGUUUAGAUCUAAAGACUUGUGGACACUUGUGGAGAAGGGAUUCAGUGAAGAAGGUGAUGGACGAGAAUUUGAUGCUGCUAGGAUGAAGCAUGGAGAAUCCAUCCAAGACUUUGUCAACAGGGUUCUGGACAUUGUAUACAAAAUCAGAGCCAUGAAAGAAGAUCUCCCACAGAAGGUAAUUGUUUCUAAACUACUGAAAGGCCUCACAUCAAGGUUCUCUCAGGUGGUACAUUCAAUCAUAUCCACGAAGGACCUCAACACUCUCACUGUAGAAGAACUCAGUGGUUUACUAAAGAACCACGAAUCUAUAUUGAACAUUGAAGGAGAACAUCAUCAGGAAGGAGAAAAGGCCCUGCACAUUGGAAGAGAAAACACUCAGGAUAGAGGAAGAGGACAUGGUUAUCAGCCCAACAGAGGAAGAGGAAAAAGGUGCGGCAGAAGCUUUAAUGCUGGCCGCACAGAGACAAGUCGCUUAGGAGAAGGUAGCAAGAUAUACAAAGGCAUGCAAUGCUUUGUGUGCAAGAAAUUCGGGCAUAUUAAAGACCAGUGUUGGUAUAGAAACAAAGAAGCCAAUGUUGUGAAAGAAGAAAAGGAGAAAGAAAAAGAGGAAGAAGAGGUCGCGUUCAUGGCCAUCAGCGAAGUACCAAAGAAAACAGGGGGAGUCUGGCUUAUUGAUAGUGGUUGCUCUAACCACAUGACAGGAGAUGUGAAUUUGUUUCAAAGCCUUGAAACAGUUCCAAGUCGAUCAGUCACAGUUGGAGACGGGAAAACUCUCAAGGUAUGUAUGACAUCUCACAGACUUUUCCCUUUAGAAGCAAAUGAUGUUGAAUCUGCGUAUCUAGCACAAGAUGGAGAUAUCUCUGAUCUCUGGCAUGGGAGAUAUGGCCAUAUAAAUGUGAAGAAGUUGAAGCAAUUGACAGAGCAACAAUUGGUAUCGGUUUACCAAACAUCAUCAAUGUACAACCUUGCAAAGCUUGCUCUCAAGGAAAGCAAACUCAAGCCUAGUUUCCCAAAGGAAUAG